GCUGGGGACAACUCCGAGGCCUUGGAUGCUCAGGCGGGCUCAGUGGAUGAAGAGAACGUCCGGCAGCUGGGAGAGAUAGAGCUGCAGUGUGGCAUUUGCACCAAGUGGUUCACAGCAGACACGUUUGGCAUCGAUACCACAUCAUGCCUGCCCUUCAUGACCAACUACAGCUUCCAUUGCAACGUUUGCCAUCACAGCGGGAACACCUACUUCUUAAGAAAACAAGCAAAUCUCAAGGAAAUGUGCCUUAGUGCUCUGGCCAACUUAACGUGGCAGUCGAGGACACAAGAUGAGCACCCAAAAACCAUGUUCUCAAAAGAUAAGGAUAUUAUUCCAUUUAUUGAUAAGUACUGGGAGUGUAUGACAACGCGACAGAGACCUGGGAAAAUGACUUGGCCUAAUAAUAUUGUCAAAACCAUGUGUAAAGAAAGAGAUGUGUUCUUGGUGAAAGAGCAUCCGGACCCGGGGAGUAAAGACCCAGAGGAAGAUUACCCCAAGUUUGGGCUUCUAGACCAAGAUCUCGCCAACAUUGGUCCUGCGUACGAUAACCAGAAACAGAGCAGUGCUGUAUCCACAAGUGGAAGCUUAAAUGGGGGAAUUGCUGCAGGAGGCAGUGGGAAGGGACGGGGAGCGAAGCGCAAGCAGCAGGACGGAGGGACCACGGGUACGGCCAAGAAGACCAGAAGUGACCCGCUGUUCUCUGCCCAGCGCCUGCCACCCCACGGUUAUCCUCUGGAGCACCCCUUCAAUAAAGAUGGAUAUCGUUACAUCUUGGCUGAGCCUGACCCCCACGCCCCUGACCCGGAAAAGCUGGAGCUGGACUGCUGGGCAGGGAAGCCCAUUCCUGGGGACCUCUACAGAGCCUGCCUGUACGAGCGAGUCCUCCUGGCGCUGCACGACCGAGCGCCUCAGCUGAAGAUUUCCGACGACAGGCUGACUGUUAUCGGCGAGAAGGGCUACUCCAUGGUGCGAGCCUCGCACGGAGUGCGGAAAGGAGCGUGGUACUUCGAAAUAUCCAUGGAUGAGAUGCCUCCAGACACAGCUGCCAGAUUAGGCUGGUCACAGCCCUUAGGGAACCUCCAGGCGCCUCUGGGAUACGACAAGUUCAGUUACUCCUGGCGCAGCAAAAAGGGAACCAAGUUUCACCAGUCGAUAGGGAAACACUAUUCAUCUGGCUACGGACAGGGCGAUAUACUGGGAUUUUACAUCAGUCUUCCAGAAGAUACUGAGACUGCCAAAUCGCUGCCCGACACUUACAAAGAUAAGGCUUUGAUCAAAUUCAAAAGCUACUUGUACUUUGAAGAGAAGGACUUUGUGGACAAAGCAGAGAAGAGCCUGAAGCAGGCACCCGGGAGCCAGAUAAUAUUCUUCAAGAACGGUGCGAGCCAAGGAAUUGCCUUCAAAGACAUCUUUGAAGGAGUUUAUUUUCCUGCUAUUUCUUUGUACAAAGGCUGCACGGUUUCUAUAAACUUUGGGCCCUAUUUCAAGUAUCCUCCUAGAGAUAUCACUUACCGUCCGAUGAGUGACAUGGGCUGGGGUGCUGUUGUAGAGCACACGCUCGCAGAUGUACUGUAUCACGUAGAGACAGAAGUUGAUGGAAGACGAAGCCCACCCUGGGAGCCAUAAACGACGUCAGCGGUGCCGCGUUAACAAAAAAAGACACAGUGGGUAUCCAGUCAAGUGGUUUUUAUUCUAGAGAAACAUGCAUCACUCGGAACGAUCAGCCAACGAGCAAACAAGCUGCAGCCCUUGAUGGCAGGUGUCGUGUGUAUCUGUUGCCUGCUGAAGACUGACGCCCUGCCACUCUGCUGGAGUCUGAGUGAACGCAGUUCUAGCGUGUGUUGUGCUGUUUGUGGGCAUCUCUUGGACUCUUCAGUAACUCUUACCAUGUAGGUAGCUGAAGGAGCGAGCGUUGGGGCGAGGUAACGUCCCCUGAGUUGUACCCGGGCUGUAACAGGCGUUUGCUCCCUCAGAGCAGGCUCUGGUUGGACCAACCUGCUGUGAGUACACCCGGCAGAAGCAACGGUGACGCUUCUGCUGAGCUGCGUUUGGCCAACUGUGAACAGCAGCUGCCAGCCAGAGGAUUGUGUUGUAACAAGACUACUGCAUGUAAGGCUGAAAUUUGGGCUUCUGCCCAAACUGUAUUUUUUUUUCCCACAAACUGGAAACCAGUUAAAAAAUAAAAGCUUUAACUCUUAC